GCGAUACCGCCGCCGUUGCCUGAGGAGGCGUCAUGGCUGCGCGGGGCUGAGGGGAGGUGGUUACUGCCGCCUGGGAAGAGGUCUGUGCCGGCCCGCGGCUCUGUCUGGUUCGCUCCGAGCAUGGGCGAAGUUCGAAAGGAUACAGACAUGGCGAGCGGCCACAGAACUCCCGUGGGCCGUCCUUCGAGAGCAGGAGUAGGGCUGCCAGCAAGGCCGUCCUCUGCAGCAAGGGCUCCCUCAGCAGCCAGGAUAGGAACAGGGAUGCCUCCCAGUACAUCAAGACCUGGUUCUCGUGCUGGUUCUUCAACUACUAGUGGAAUCUUGUCACCUCACAUUAAAGUAGCAGAUCGCCCAGUCACACAGCAGGGAUUAAGUGGAAUGAAAACUGGAAUGAAAGGUCCUCAGAGACAGAUAAUGGAUAAAACUUAUUAUCUUGGACUGCUGAGAAGCAAAACCGGUGAACUCACAUCAGAAAUUAACAAGCUGCAGGAAGAAGUAAAAAUGUACAAGCAAGAGAAAUCUGCCUAUUUGUCAUAUGAGAAAAGGGCGGAGGCUUUAGCGGGUGAAAUCAAAGAAUGGCAAGGUCAGCUAGAAGACUACAACAUGGUUGUGGAUCUACUUAACACCAAUACAGACAUAGCAGAAGUGAUUCGUGAUUACAAUUUGAUAAAAGUAAAGAAUGACCGAGAUGCUCAGAGUGUGGAUAAAAUUUUCACAGAAAGACAAGCCACAGAAAAGUUAAUUCAAGCCGUGGAAGAAGAUAUCGAACGUAAUAAAGUUGCAGCAGAUGACAUAAUAAAAGACAUGACUGAGGAAAAUCAAGCUAAAUAUAUGGAGAUGAAGGCUGCAAAUGAAAAGGUGUCCCAGGAAUUGUUUGCUCAACAGCAGGAAUUGGAUGCACUAAGCAUAAAGGAGGUGUCUCUAAGAGCUGAAAUAGCACACUCCCCGGUGAAGCUGGAGGCAGUGCAGCUGUAUGAAAAGCUCAGUGAGCUUGAAGAACGUCGGAAUCAAAUGAUUGCUGAGGACAAGAACAUGGAAUCUCCACAGGAGGAAAGGGAGAGAUUACUGAAGCAGGUUAAAGAAGAUAAUCAAGAAAUAGCAAGCAUGGAAAGACAGCUGGCAGAAGUAAGAAAGAAAACAAAGCAUUUUAAAAAGGUUAUUCAACAACUUGAUAUAGAUUUGGAGAAGCAUCAAGGAGAGGAAAACUGGAAAUACAAGGAGCUGAAGAAGAGAGAAGAAAGCAUGGACAAUUUUCUUGAAACUUUUGAAGAGGUGAAGAAUCAGGAACUGGAACGAAAGGCCCAAAUAGAAACCAAUAUUAUUGCACUCCUGGAGCACUCAAGUAGGAAUGUGAACCGUAUGAAACAAAUUUCAUCUAUUACUAAUCAAGAGCUGAAGACUAUGCAGGAAGACCUCUCUUUCAAAUCGAGUGAAGUGCAGAAGUCCCAGAACACUGCUAAGUAUCUGAUUACAGAAAGUCAAAAGCUGCAAAUGGACCUGCAGAAGAUGGAACUUUUGGAGGGCAAGAUGACUGAUGAACUGGCUUCACUUAAAGAGAAAAUUGAACAAACUACAGCAGAGUUGGAGGUUUAUAAAGAUUUGCCAGCUCUGAAAGCAUCAGGAGAAGAGAAGAAAAAGAGACUACAGGAUGACAAGGAAAAAUUAACAAAACUUAGCCAUGGUUUCAAGAAAAUAAUGGAAACCUUGAAUGCAGAAUAUGAAACCCUCAGGAGAGAGCUGCAGGAGAAUGAGACACAUUCUCAGCUUACAAACUUGGAGAGGAAGUGGCAGCACCUAGAGCAAAAUAACUUUAUGAUGAAGGAAUUCAUAGCAACAAAAAGUCAGGAGAGUGACUACCAGUCAGUAAGGAAGAACGUGAGAAAGCUGGUCACAGAAUACAACAAAGCGCUCAUAGAAGCUUUACAGAACACCAAGAGCUGAACCCCGGCACUUCCUUCCUGACCCAAUGGACCAACAAUGAGUGAUGUGCAUAGGCAGCCCAAAAAGAUGGACUACUGAGCUCAUUAGCUCACCACUACUGUGAUACAUGUUCUUAAAAAAUAUUUUUCCAAGUUUAUAGAAAUCCUAGGUUUUAAUAGUUCUUCUCUUUUUGCAACAUUUGAAAUAUUCAGGAAUAAGCUUCCAGAUUUUAGAAACGUACAGAACUAAAGAGGAAAUACUGCAUAGUAACUGUGAAGUCACCACAGUAUUUUACCGAGGCCUGUUGCUGAAUUGUAUCUCAGAUACGAAGCCUCGGUCUGCUUUACAAAAUAGAUGUGUAAUUGUCUUUUAUAUCAGCAUACCUUCCCUAUUUAUAUAGCAGUUUAUAACAAGUAAAGGAAGCAUCUACGGACAGCAAGCAUCCUCUUAAGUCAGAAUUGUUUCAUGUUUUAAAGACUUUCAACAAAAGCAAAUGUUCUUUAAGGAUCUGUCAGCAAUUUUUCAUUUCCCAGUCAAGAACUGAUUAACUUCUAAGGCAUGUCCUUAUUAUAUCUUUAAUAUAAGGACAUAACUGUGGUAAAAUGUAGCAAAAUGCAGCUAGUAUUAACCUUGUUCAGAGCACUUUGAUUUUUUGCUAUUCACCAAUAAAGGAAGUAUUUUCUGCAUAGUUUUUUUGCUUCAGGUUUCAAGCUGAAGUGUCAUACAUAAACUCAGUUUCUAGAAGAAGACAUUUAAUAGAAGUUCAACAUAGAACAAAAUCAGGACUGAUCCAGAAAUAAUGUGCUUUAUGAUACAUAAAAGUCAGAAAACAUUAAGCAAAAUUUCCAUGUGUGUACUUCCCUCACAUUCUACCUGUAAUGUAAUUUUAAACUACUUACUGAUAAUUUCCUCUACUUUGCACAUUGUAAAAUAGUGGUGAGCAGAGAAAAAAAGGUGCAGCUGAGUAUAGGUGUGAAUCUCAGACAGACAGUAAUCUCAAUGAAAAACAGUUGAAACAAAAAGAGGGGGGCCUGGAUUACUGCUGCCUUAGAAGAGUUGUCCUGAAAAAGAAGUACAGUGUGCUUCACUUCACAAAACUGGAGCAGACAGUGCUGUGUUAAAAUAGAAGUUGUGUGUUUUUGUCUUUCAAUUUCUCCAAAUCUGUGAUUGUCAUUUUGGGUAUAUGGCAGAAGUAUGUAAAACAAACAUACUGAUGAUCCUUGCAGAGAACACUGUAUUUCCAAAUUCAGCUUGGUAAAUGCUAUUGCUCUCUAAAUUUCUGUCGGUAUAAUAUUUAGAUAUAAUGGAACAGGAUUUCUAUAAACUGAGGGAUGUUUUCUAGGGGAAAUUCCCACUAAUGUCUCUUCCUUCCUGUCAAAGUUUCAGCUAUUCCAGAGAGAGCCCAUUAUUUGCUGAGAUAAAGUUGAGGUCUGAUAUUCUCACCAGUCUAACCAUCAGCCAGUGAGAUCGUCUCCUGAAUUCCACUUGUGCUACAAUAACAUGUUUUAAUGAACAAUGGAAAGAAGCAGCACUCUGAAUAAACAGGCUGCUUUAAAUUUGCUUUCACUCAGGGCAGGGAAUGGUUUUGUUCCUUGGCAGCAAUUCUGUAGGAUAGUAGGGUAAAGUUUACAGGUUUUUGUUGUGUUCCCUGGGAGAUGCCUGUCAUAAAAAUGUUUUCUCUAGCACACUGAUUUGUUUCUUGUUCUCUUGGAAGUCUCCAGAUUGCCUGUUUCUGUCUGGGAUCUUGUUGAUCAUUCCUCCUUUUAACAAAUCACUGUUACGGUUUUAGUCAUACUCAUCAUAUCCUUGGCUGAAAAAACUGUACAGAUUCGGAAUGAUGAGCCACUAAGGGAGCAUUUUAUCUCCUGGUGGGAGAUUAAAUGUACUCAUUAAGAAAUCA